AUGAAGCAGAAUGCUUAAUGCAAUGUGAAUAUAUUAUAUAUUUUGGUGAAGUCAACACAUACUACUUUGUGAUGUUGUGAUAGCUAAGUUGGUAGAGAGAACGAGUGUCAUUCAUUUUAGGUUGAAGAAUAAUUUCAUUUUAAGUCAAAGGUUGGUGAAAAAUUAAAUUGAAAAGGAAGUGGUAACAUCUGGUGCUAAUCACAAUUCUUCUGGUGUAGUCAUUUGGUCAAAUAUUGUUGAUUGCUGGGCUGUUUGGCAGUAUAUAAGCAAUAAUUUGUUUCAGAGCCGCCAGCUCUUUAAAAGUCCAGUCUUCGCCCAUUUCUUUCAUUGAUAAAGACACUAACCAUGGUUUCCAAGGUGACAGCUUUCUUAGUAAUUCUCAUCCGUAUUCAUGCAGUUUCAUCUUCAGAUCCUGAUCCAGUCUAUGAUUUUUGCGUACCAAGAACAAAUCUUUCAUCCGAUGCCCUUUCUUGCAAAAACUCAACAUUGGUCACAGUUGAAGAUUUUGUAUAUGCAGGCAUAAAAAGCCCUGGCGAUUUCAAGAAAACUGGUUUUGCAGCCACUCCAGUUAGCUCAACUGUUUUUCCUGGAUUAAACACACUGGGGAUGUCAUUUGUACGUGCUGAUUUUGCUGCUGGUGGGGUUAAUGUCCCGCACUAUCAUCCAAGAGCUACUGAGGUUGGAUUUGUGCUGGAGGGAAAGAUUUAUUCCGGGUUUAUUGACACAAAAAACAGAGUUUUUGCUAGAGUGCUUGAGAAGGGUGAGGUGAUGGUCUUUCCAAGGGGUCUUGUACACUUUCAGAUGAAUGUUGGAGAUUCAGCAGCUACGAUACUAGGAAGUUUUGACAGUCAGAAUCCAGGGUUGGUGAAAAUUCCAGCUGCAAUUUUUGGAUCUGAAAUUAAAGAUGAGCUUUUGCUGAAGGCUUUUGGAUUCAAUUCCAAGGAGCUCGCUAAAUUGAGGAAGCACUUUGAAUCCUAGCAUCUGAAGUAGAGUGGAGGCCUCUCUCCUACUCCAUCUUAAUCUCCUGGCUUUUGUUGUAUCAGGUUACAAUUCUUUAAAUCAGUUUUAGCAGAAACUUGAGCUGCAACUUGUGUGGAUUAUAGGCAUCAAAUGUAUGGUAUCAAUGAAAAUAAUAAUGUAUCAGGAGUUUUCAGUUAAA